AUGUUGCACGUGAGGGAGCGCCAGACAGCGCGAGUUUUGAAAACCAAAGUUAUGGAAAUCCUUUCAAGCUUUGGAGUUGGAGUAGAAUAAAUAUUUUCAAUCACUUGCGACAAUGGGGCUAAUAUGUUGGGCAACGUCCAACAGCUCAAACAAGAGGUUGAGCUAAUGGCCACUCAAUCAGGUAAUCCGGAAGAUACAGAAAAGGAGGACAAAGCAUUAAUCGAAUUAACUGCAGCGAUGUGCACUGAAUUCCAAGAGAAUUUGAACCUAGUGAGAUGCGCUGUGCAUACGUUACAGUUAGCCAUCCUCGAUGUAGUGGACAAGUCCAAUGCCAUGGUAAAAACUGUCACGGAAAUAGCGAAGAAAUGCAAGCAAGUGAAGUAUAACCUCAGUUUCGUCAAGGUGACAUAUCCACCGGUUUGGGGCCAAACACGCUGGUGUGGAAUAUUCGACAUGUGUAACCACUUUCUCGAAUAUGAACAGUUUUUCAAACAAUUGGCAAAUCAGUUCCCGGAACUCGAUCUUGGAGACGCCUGGGACUUUGUACAAAACUACGUGGAAGCCUUUAAACCACUUUACAUUUGUACAAAAAAUAUGCAGACGAAACACGUCUCCCUGGCCGAUUUUUAUUUGCAAUGGCUGAAUGUCAUCAAGGAAAUGAGGAAAAUACCUCAAAACCCAUUCGCAACUGAACUGGAUGAAGCAUUAAUUAAUCGACUCCGAAACUUACGACGGUCACGGGCUUUCCAAAUGGCGCUUUAUUUGGAUCCGCGUUUCAAUUACAAAGGCUCAACGAUUUUCAAACCCGACGAAAAGGAACUGAUUCAGGGCUACAUUAUUGAUACAUGCAACAGAAUCCGCGCAUACCAACAGUCCAAAUCAGCUGCGUUGGAAACUUCAACUUUAACGAACGAAGAUGACCUCGAUGUGUUCAUAACAGAAAUGUACGGUGAAUGCGAUGCACCACCCGAUGAAACCAACGGCUCACGAUUCCUGCAUCAGCUCAAAGCUCUUGACGUAGAACCGAGGCAAACUCAUGGCUACGACGUGUGGCAGCACUGGGUGAACAGACGUGACACGCAUCCUGAAUUGUAUUCCGUGGCUAAAGUUGUCCUUGCCGUACCGUCCAAUCAAGUGUCCGUCGAGAGAGCUUUCAGUGCUUUACCCCUGGUACUAACAGAUCGUCGCUCAGGGCUUGGUGAAGACACUCUGGAAAAUAUUCUUCUUGUGAAGCUCAAUGGAGAGAUGUUUGAUGAUGUAUCGAACGCCCUUUUUUUGGCUCCAUCCUCUUCGGAGACACUUUGA